GGCGGCGCACAAAACAGCUACAAGACCCGACAUAACACCACAGACGAAGAAGAAGAACCAGGAAGUUUUAAUCAUAUGGGCAAUUUGCCACGCCCACUGUUUACUGUUAGCGGAUUAUAAUUGUACCUUUUUUUUUGCGAUAAAAAAAGCAUCUUGUUAUUUUUUAAACUGCUUUGGCAGCCUGACAAACACAUUAAACACUUCUCUCUUUCGGAUUAAAUGGCGGAUUCGGAUCGAACACUUUAAAGCAGUUUUAAUGGCGUCCUCGACGACGCUUGGUGAGUUCAUGCUCACUCUGAGUGAAAUGGGAUUCACUGAGGAUCAGAUUCAGGCAGCAUUUCAGGCUGGAUGUUUCUCUGUACCAGAGGCAGCUGAAUGGAUUGUGCAGGCUGGUAGUCCGAGACACACACUAGUGCCACAUUCUGGGCAAAUUUCAAAUGCUAUCACUGCGUUUAACAGGCCUAAAGAUGUUCAAGGAGCUCAGCCCGAGGCAAAAGGUGCUCAUUUGGUCCUGCAUCAUCCUACAGCAGAAACUGAACCUGUAAAGUCUCGAGUAAAGCCGAGUGAUGACUUUCUCUAUCAGGAGAGAAAGCGAGCAGCAGAACAGGCUCGGGCUGAGAAGAGACAAAUAAUACAGGACCGGGAGUUAAUCUUGAAACGUAUAGCAGACGAUCGGCGCGCUCAGCAGGAGAAACACACCGUCUCACCAACUGUCAGUGAACAAGAGAAACCGAGCGAACCAGUGCAGAGCAACACGGACAACACAGACUGCGUUCUAAUGAUCCGUCUCCCCACCGGUGAGCCUUUACGUGUGUGUUUUCCGGGAGAUGCCCCUCUUCAGGCUGUCGUCGACCAAGUCACUUCCCGCCAUCCGUCUCUUCCACCAUUCACACUUUUAAACGGUUUUCCUCGUCGCCGCUUCAGCGAUAAUGAUUUAUCCCUGACGCUGCACGCUCUCGGUUUAACGCCGAACGCCGCACUCGUCCUUCAGACCACUGCCCCUCCUGAUCCCACCAUCCCUGCUCCCGUCCAUGAACCCGAGCCACCUCACGGUGACCCUCCUGCACAGCUGAGACCAGAGGAAUUACAACAUCUUGUAGCUCCACCCCAGUUUCAGCCACUGCAGUGGGAAGACAUGAUGCAUGCUGGGAUUGCUGAAGCUCAUCACCAAUGGGGCCGUGGACACAGACUGGUGCCAGGAGAAGAUGUUGGUGGUGAUGUGGCUGAUGAUGAUGAUGAAGAUGAAGAGCAGGCCCUGGCAGAUAUGAAUGCUGUACCUCGCAUUCCUUUCUUUAAUGAGCUCAGAGAUCAGGAUCAGCAUUUCUGGCAAAAUGAGGGAAACCGACUCGGGGAUCCAGAUGUCUUAGUAAAUCCAGAAGAAGGCAGAGUUUUACCCGGUGAGGCAGCAAUGCAGCGUUUACAGAGAAAUGAUCAACAGCAUCAUCACCACACCGAGUCUCUGGUUCCCUACAAGAAACCCUGCAAUGUUCCCAAACUCGUCACCAUGGCAACACAUGCCGCCAUCUCUCUCAUCAAUGCUCCUUAUAUGCAGUUUGUCAGCAGUUUUUCAUGUUUGACCGCAGAGCUGACCGAGCGAAUGUUAGGUCAAAUGAUCUCGGACCGUUUGCUGAACCCUCGAACUCUACAGCUUUUCAUUGGCUGCUCGCUCGGGACACUGAUAUUAAACAGCUACCCGUACACCACCAACACACUGCUGCAGCAACUCGGCACGUUUACACACCUCACACACCUCAGCCUGGUCAACUCGCCACUAAUCACUGAUUGUGGGCUGUCUGUGUUGCUCAAACUGGUGAAGCUGCAGUAUCUGAAUCUCUCGUCCUGCUCUAAACUGACUGACGGCUGUUUACGCCACAUGCUACCUCUCAGGUCCUUGUGUGUGUUGAUUCUGGAUCAGACUAAAGUGAGCGAUGUCGGUCUGCUGGUCUUCCUCCACUCGUCUCCUCCUGCGCUUGCUCACCUGAGUUUAAACCAAACUGCCAUUACAGAGGAAACACUUAGUGCAUUGCGUGUGUGUGUACCACAGCUGCGACUGCUCAGCAUCACACACACCAGGGUGUGUGACGUGUCCACUCUGGCUGAUCUUCACAAUCUACAGACUCUUCACCUCGACUUCACUCAGGUUAAAGAAGAAUCUCUGCAGUAUCUGUCAUCUCACCGGACUUUAUCAUCACUGAGUCUUCAUGGUGUCCCUGUUAGUAGCGGUGAUCACACACUCCAGAUCCUCUCAGGAUUAAAUCUGACACAGUUAACACUCCCUGGACGCCAUUCAGUGACCGAUGCUGGGCUUUUCUUCCUCUGUACACACUCUCUGCUCUCUGAGCUCGACCUGAGCGACUACACACACAUCACGGACCAGGGCAUUGCACAACUGGGAAAAAUGACUCGGCUGAAGAAGCUUUCGUUGAGUAACACUCCGCUCACUGAUGUGGGUUUAUCAGCUCUGUCGUCUCUCACCCUGCUGAUGGACGUGUGUUUAAACCGAACAGCUGUGACGAGUCGUGGAGUCACUGGCUUCAUCACACGCCUGCCUUACCUACAGGUUCUAGGUUUGUCUUGCACACAGGUGGGAGAUUCGGUACUGAAAGCAUUUAUUCAUUGCAACGAGCUGAUCAAACUGAACCUGAGCAAAACACGCAUCACUGAUCGGGGAUUAAAGUUCCUUCAUGGUAUGAAACUGAGUCAGGUGAAUCUGGACGGUACCGGUGUGACUGCAGACGGCGUAGCCAAGCUUAUCUCCACCUCUCCUCACCUGAUCAGCAUCCGUGCUGAUAACACGAGACCGGUCCCUGCUGAACGACAGAGCGAUGAUGAUGAUGGCAGUGAAGAUGGGCAACGACACAGAGACAUCUCUGAUUAGGCUACUUUGUGCAUGCGCAAACACACACACAUACAAACACACACACACACACAUACAAAGAAACAUUGCUUCUGCCAUUUAACGCAUCUUAAUCCUGUUAUUAAUAGCACUAAUAGUUUUAUUAUAGAAAACAUUUAUCAAACACUUAAGAUAGCUUUACCAAAAAAAAAACCUCCCACAAAUGCAAUAAUGAUAAUAAUGAUAUUAUUAAUAUUAUUAAUUAUAUUGCUGUAAUAUUCCUAUCCAAUAGGCUUGCUUUGUUUAGAGUGAGCUGAAACCUUCUUGGGUCUGGUUUAGAGCUAACUAGGAGGCUCAGGCUCUAAAUUCCAACACAGGUUUAUUAUUACAUGAAUAAUAAUGAAUAAUAUUUUUGCAAAAUCCAACGAAAGAAAAGAAACAUGACCGUCUAAACAGUCGAGCUGAAUAAAUCAUGGAAACAUGCCUUUACCCCCCCCCCCCCCCCCCCAAAUUUCCCAAAAGUUGUUCCAUAUCAUCUUAUUAAAGAAAGUGUGUAACUACAUAGUUUACCUGUCACAUCUUUUUCUUAAGAAUUAAGAACCUAGCGUUAAGAAUAUGUUGAAGUUGUGCCAUGUCAUUCAGAAUUACACAAAACCAUUUUACAGAAUCAGUCCAAGAAUCAGUGUUUCACACAGUACUAAAUCAUUUAAGACUGUUAAGCUUGAACCUGCGAAAUGUAACUUAAAAAAAUAUAUCUAUUUUUAGAUAUCGUUUGUAUUCUGUAAAAGUUUUGUAUAAGAUCAUUAAAAAGACAAGACGUUAUUAUGAA